AUGCUCCAAGACAAGCUUGAUAAAAGAGUUCUAGAGUAUUGCGAAAAACCGUACCGGAAUCAAUGGUUCUUAAUAGCUAAGAAGCAGCCGGGCCAGUAUCGACUCAUCAACUUAGCAACUCUACUUAAUGCAAUUAUACGGAAGGACGCCAAUCUACCCUUAAUUGUAAAUGAGUUUGCUAAAGAGUUUUCUGGUUGCCAGAUGGCUAGCUUAGUCGACCUUUAUUCGGGCUAUGAUCAGCAAACACUCUAUCAGUCGAAUAAAGACCUUACCGCCUUUUUCACACCGUUAAGUCUCUUCCGAUGCACUACCCUCUCGCAAAGUGCUAUAAACUCGAUGGCCCAAUUCGUCCGAACAAUCAAUUUCAUCUUAGGUCCCUUGCAACCCAAAGUCUCUAUGCUAUUUGUCGACGAUAUUAAGGUAAAAGGACUACAAACGGACUAUUCCGACGAAGAAGCACUCUCGAGAUAUGGAUUAGCAAUGGACCGAAGCGCAUUCGAAAGCUAUACGAAUGCUACAAGAUGCUUUGACGACGGCUCCGGUUUUGAUCAAGAUCGAUUACGAAGACUAAAACAAGGAAAUAGUAAGGAUAUAUCGGCCAACGCGAGACUACUUCUGGCAAAGUGCAACCGGCUCGGUACGAAUCCGGAGCUUAGACGGAAGCAGAACGGAAUUACGACGCUAUCAAACGAAACUUGGAUCAAUCUUUUCGACUUUAAGGUCCGACAUGUCCUCGAUAAGGAUCAUACCGCUGCCGAUGCACUAUCGAGACGGCCACGGCACCCCGAUGAUUCAAGCGAAGAGGAUGAGAAUGAGUUCGAUGAUAGCUUAUUAGCCGACUUAAGACCUAUUAAGGCCCGAGACGGCUCCGAAGGACUUUCGACGGACCCUUUAAUAGAUAUUCGCUAA